CUGGUGCGGCGGCGGUUUGGAGUGAGCGUGGCUUGUUGGGCUGCAGGCUGUGAGGAGGGCCGCGGUGCAAGCUGCGUCGAGUCCAGUGUCUGGUGGGAAUCCGGGGCCGGGCCAGGUCUGGGUCACCGGGUGAUGGAUCGCGUGUGGAGUGCGUGGUGCGGGAAGUGCGUCCAAGAGAUAGAGUCGUCGCCACUUUGGGCACAGCGCAUCGUGGUCGCCUGGCUCGGUAAGGCCGAGUGGGAUCAGGUGACGGUGUAUCUGUUCUGUGACGACCAUAAAUUGCAGCAGUACGCGCUGAACCGCAUCACCGUGUGGAGAAGCAGGUUAGGCAACGAACUCCCCCUGGCAGUGGCUUCUACUGCUGACCUGGUACGCUGUAAGCUCAUGGAUGUAACUGGUGGCUUGGGCACUGAUGAACUUAGACUGCUCUAUGGCAUGGCAUUGGUCAGGUUUGUGAAUCUUAUUUCGGAAAGGAAAACAAAGUUUGUCAAGCUCCCCCUCAAGUUCCUGGCUCAGGAGGUGAACAUUCCAGAUUGGAUUGUUGAACUUCGCCAUGAGUUGACCCACAAGAAAAUGCCCCAUAUAAAUGACUGCCGCAGAGGCUGCUACUUUGUCCUGGAUUGGCUCCAGAAGACCUACUGGUGCCGCCAACUGGAGAACAGCCUGAGAGAGACCUGGGAGUUGGAGGAGGACACGGAAGAGACAGAUGAAGAGGGCCAAGAGGAUAAGAACAUUGUUGUUGAUGAUGUCACAGAACAGAGACCGGAACCUAAGGAUGAAGGGAAAGAUGCAGAGCUGGAUGUCCGGGCUGAAGGAGACCACAAAAGCAACACAGAGGCUGAUUUGCAUUGGGAAAAGGCUCUGAGACAUAAAGAGCUAUAUGAAAGAGCCCGGGAACUGCUGGUAUCAUAUGAAGAGGAACAGUUUAAGGUUCUGGAGAAAUUUAGGCAUUUACCUCAGGCCAUUAAGGCAUGGAAUAACCUGUCCCCACCUGUAGAAUGCAUCCUCGCUGAGCUCAAGGGCAUUACAUGGGAGAACAGGGAGGCUGUGCUGGAUGCUUUUCUGGAUGACGGCUUUCUCAUUCCCACAUUUGAGCAGUUGGCAGCUUUGCAGAUAGACUAUGAAGACGGGCAGACUGAGGUCCAGAGAGGGGAAGGUACUGACCCAAAGUCACACAAAAAUGUGGACUUGAAUGACGUCCUGGUGCCAAAGCCAUUCUCUCAAUUCUGGCAGCCCCUGCUCAGGGGCCUGCACUCCCAGGCCUUCACGCAGGCCCUGUUGGAGAGGAUGCUCUCCGAGCUGCCAGCCUUGGGGGACAGCGGGAUCCGGCCCACCUACAUCCUCAGAUGGACCAUUGAACUGAUCGUGGCUAACACCAAGACUGGAAGGAAUGCCCGCCGAUUUUCUGCAAGCCAGUGGGAAGCAAGACGGAGCUGGAGGCUAUUCAACUGCUCUGCCUCCCUUGACUGGCCCCGGGUGGUUGAGUCCUGCUUGGGCUCACCUUGCUGGGCCAGCCCCCAACUCCUUCAGCUCAUCUUUAAAGCCAUGGGGCAGGUCCUGCCAGACGGGGAGCAAGAAAAGCUGCUGCGCAUCUGUUCCAUUUAUAACCAGAGUGGAGAAAAUAGCCGGGUGCAGGAGGGCUCAGAGGCCUCCCCCAUUGGGAAGUCUCCAUACACACUGGACAGCCUGUAUUGGAGCCUCAAACCAGAUUGCUCUAGCUCUGGGCCUGAAGGAGAAGCCCAGCAGCAGGAGGAGCAGGGCAGCCUUAAUGAUGUUAAGGAAGAUGAGGAGGAGGAGAAAGAGGUUUUGGAAGACCAGGUGGAGGAGGAGGAAGAGGAAAAUGAUGACCAGGAGAAGUGGAAGGAGGAGGUGGAGGAUGAAGAUGAUGAUGAUGAUGACGAUGACGAUGACGACGACGACGAAGAUGAUGAGGAAGACAGAAUGGAGGUGGGGCCUUUCUCUACAAGGGAGGAGUCCCCCACUGCUGAGAAAGCUAGGCUUCUGGCCCAGAAAAGAGGAGCUUUGCAGGGUUCUGCAUGGCAAGUUAGCUCAGAAGAUGUGCGAUGGGACAUCUUCCCCUUAGGCCGAAUGCCAGGUCAGACCGAGGACCCAGCAGAGCUUAUGCUGGACAGUUAUGACACCAUGUAUCUUUUGGACCAGCCUGUGCUAGAGCAGCGGCUGGAACCCCCAACAUGCAAGACUGGGCAUCUUGGUAGCAAGCCUUGCGCAGGGCUCCAUGCUCUCCCUCGAAACUCGCCUCUGGAUCAUAGGCGUGGGAGCCUUUGGGUCAUCAGGGAGCCAGGAACCAAGCAGCCCUUGCUCAGGGGCUCCGCUGGUAACACAAAGAAGCCCGUCCAGAGGGCGUGUAUAUUCCGGAAUGCGGGGCCGUUGUGACCAGAAGAAUCCUCACCCUGGGCCUGAGCUGUGGCAUCGGCAGUGGCAACUGCAGCAAUGGC